AUGCCGUCAAAUUUCUCAAAUAUGAGUAGAGGAACUUUGCCUUAUAGUCAUAUUUCUGGGAAAUUAGUUUCUACUGGGGAUGAUGAUGAAGAAUUGUAUUCUAUUGAUGCAUGGAUUAAAUCUUGGUUUUAUAGCACAUGUGAUCCCAGGUUGCACCAAAUAAUUUCUAGCGACGAUUGCACCACCAAAGAUUUUUGGGUCAAAUUGGAUGAAAUUUUUCACAACAAGAAGAUGUCUCGUAUGCUACAAUUACAAGAUCAAUUCUGCAACACAAAGAAGGGUUCAAGCUCCAUCAUCGAAUUUUGCCACACAAUAAAAAAUCUAUCUAAUGAUCUCAAAGAUAUUGACUCUACAAUCACCAAAAUCGAGCUUGUGAUGCAAAUCUUGCAUCAAUUACCACCCUCAUAUCAUAGCAUUGUUGAUGUCAUCACCAACAUGAAGCCUCUUCCAUCUUUUCUCGUGGCCAAAAACAUGAUUUUAUUGCAUGAAUCUCGAGAGGUGGCUUCUGAUGCUACUUUUGACUUGCCUAUGUCUUAA